ACCAUUUCCGCUUCCGGUAUUAUUGUCAAUAGAGGGUUUCCACGCGUUUUAUCUCUGAGAACAUGCCGAAGGCUCAGAAAGGAAAGGCGGCGGAGAAAGUUGUUCACCCGUACAGCAGGAAGGCUGGUUAUCUCGCACGAGAGGAAAACAAACUGAAAAAGAAAAAUAGGCUGAAGAAUGAGAAAGCAGCUCGGCUGAAUAACAUUGGUGAGAAGCUUUUAUGGUUUCAAAGUCAGUUGGAUCCAUCAAAGACAACUUACACCCAGAAAGAUGCUUGUGACAUUAUUGAAAGGUACCUGCACAGAUUCGAUUCCGAACUUGAGCAGAUUGAGUUAGUGAAUGGGAUCAAGGGUCGGCAGGGUCGGCUCCAUGGCGCCAGAGAAGCUGUCAUCAAACAGACAGUAGAGCGAGAGAGGGAGCAGUACGAGAGCGUUGGGUUCGAGAUCCCAGACAUCAUCAAUGGGAAGCAUCUGAAAACAUUCAGAGAGUGGACCGGAGAUCUGAAGAAACUUCCAAAUAUCAAACUACGAAAAGUGUCAAGUAAAGGUUCAGACACAAAGAACGUGGUGGAGGAAAAGGAAGAGGCAGAGGAUGAUCAGAGGGAAGAGGAAGAUGAAAAUGAGUUGGACAGUGAUCAGAUGGAGGAGAUUGUGUAGAUGUCGGACUCCUAAUAACACCUGUUUUCAUGUUGAAGCCUCUGUGCAGCUGGGACAUUAGACAGGACUUUAAGAUGCUGCUGCUGUUCCACAUAUGUCCAGAAGAUGGCACCAAACUCAAAGACUGAUGCUUAAAAUCAAGCCACAUUUCAUCUCAGUAACUUCGCGCCAGCUUGGUUGAGGUUCUACAUUCAUUAUUUAUUGCACAAACAAGUGAUGCUUUGAAUUCGAGUCAUGUCCAAUCUGAACCAAAAAUAAAAACCUUUAAUGUUUUGGAUUAAAACCAGGAGAAACCGUAUGUUCUGUGAUCAGACAGGAAAAUAAACCUGCAGAAAAGUAAA